GGUAUAUCAUAAUCGCAUCGUCUCUUUUCCGGUUCAAACGAGUACUCAGCUUAGAAUUUAGGGCGGGGGUUGCUCACAUCUCCUACUCUCACCAGCAUCGGUCCUAGGCCUUCUCACGCACGCGUGAAAGCUACGUCUCAGAAUAUGUCGACACCGCCAUUUCAGGACUGGAAGCUCCAGCUAGGUCGUUCGUACGUUCAACAGGUACUCGCGUUUCCCACAACUGCCGCGUGCUUUGACAGCUUCUAUUGGCACGCGACCUGCUGGAUCGAGCCUCUUACUAUCGGCGACCUCCCGCCUCAUAUCUAUAACCGGAUCCGGUCCCGCGUGCGGCCAGACCUCCGACCUUGGGGCGGACCUCUGAUUCAGCUAUACGAGUUUGGCGGACCUAGACGGUACCACGAGCCGAACGGGAUUUCAUUACCACGGGAGAUUCGGCUCUUACUAGUGUUCCCCUAUCUAGAGGAAGAUAUCUUGGAAGAGGCGAGACUACGGAAAUGGAUGGAGGAAGUGGUCAUCCCCGCGAUCGGGCAAUCGCUACCGUCCCAUGCGCUCCAGCAUUUCCACCACAGCAGCGUCCGGAUGAUCCAGUUAAAUAGCCAAGCGGCGCGGGUAGAAGGUCUCCAGGACGUCCCCGACCUUCAACUGGAUUUUUAUCUCCAGCCGGAGCAACUGGACUGCGUAUGGAAGAAGAUUCGAGACAAAUGCGAGACGGUCGGGUUCGAAGAGUUUCGGGGGGUGUGCCCGGUCAUCCUCGCCCGGUAUAGUCCGCUACGAUUUGACGGACCCUCACGCGAAGAAGCGUUCCAAAAACUCGUCAGAAAUUGGAAUUCAUGCAUAGCGAUGUCAUGUAUUCCUCAAGAUGGGUUCUAUGUCGAGUUUAUAACGGAAGGGGAUAUAGGUGUUCCGGAAGGGGUUAUCAGCUAGGGAGAGGGUUAAAAGGGGGAUUCAUAUAAUACUAUGCCCGAAAACCGG